AUGGGGGAAACUCAGGGUCUGGAUGCUAGUAAUACGUCUCUUAUUACUACAUCUUUUGCGAGUAUAGUUAAGGGAAACAAAACCCUAACUGUUGAACAUGUUGCUGGGGAAAAAACUCAUAUUACCACCACUGUUGAUGGGGCUGAUUUUCAGGAGGUUAAAACCUCUCUAGAACAACAAUGGAAACUAAGAGAAGGGUGGGUUCAGUUUGUAUCACUGAAUCGGGGUUUCUUCAUUAUCAAACUUCUUUCACAAGAAGAUAAAGAUAGGGUUUUCACUGAGGAAGGAUGGAUGGUAAAACAACAACAGUUUAGAUUCAUUGAGUGGUACCCUGGUUUUGAUGCUAACAAACCACCAUCUUCACGUGCAACUGUUUGGGUGAGAUUUCCAGGCUUGCCAAUGGAGUUAUGGGUUGAGAAGACAUUGUUAUCUCUGGGUAAAUCUCUGGGGAAUCCAAUUGUGGUAGAUUCAAGAACUUUGAACCAUGAAUAUGGUCAUUUUGCAUCUGUCCUUAUAGAUAUUGAUUUUGCUUCACAUGAUGCUGAUGAAAUUCAUGUUGUUGAUGGUAGAAACUUCUUACAAGCUAUAGAUAUUCCAAAGCGUCCUAGUUUUUGUUCAAGUUGUAAGAUCAUUGGUCAUUUGGAUGCGGUUCGUGACAAAAAUAAGGAGGUUAAUCAUGUUCAAGCCAUUCAUAAUGAUGCUAAGGAGGCUGCUGUUGUGAAUGAUUGGAAAGAGGUACGUCAUAAAAAGCAUGGAGAGAGUGGUAGUGUGGUUAUCCCAACUGUUGUUGUUUCAGUUGAUAACAAUGCUUCACUUACGCCACUUGUGGAUCAACUUUUACAAUCUGAGAGGGUUGUACACCAAAAUAAGUUUGAUGUGCUUCAUAGGGAAUUAGGCCUUGAUAAUGACACAAGUGAUGUACUGCUAGAAACUGAAGAGGAAAAAGAGUUGGGGAAUGAUGUUGAUGCUGAUAUAUUUGAUAGAUGGGAGGCUAGCAGAGUGACAAGAAAGGCAGAUGAGCAAGCUGCUUACAACUUGGUUUCAACUGGCAGUAAGGAGAAUUCAGCAAAGAACACACAGUGCACUCAGGUUGAACAAGGUGAUGAAAUAAGUGAAGAGGAGCGAACGGCUUUGGAGUUACAAAAAAAAUGGAAGCAGAUGUAG